CUUGGGCGAUGUGUACAACAAGUGCAAGUCUAACCAGACUCUCUACUCAAUCAGUCUCAUGGGCAUCAUCAUAGAUGUACCUCGAGUCGUAUUCUCUAUAUUGUCGCUCUUUCCACUCACGCCAUGUUCAGAUUCACAAAUCACUUUCACACUCCAGGACUCGGACAUGAUGAAAAUUCCCGUCCUUGCCAAAGGUCUAAAGGCCCGUCUCUUCACAUCAGCUCAGGAAGAGCCUCCUCCGACUCCGUCCGUAGGCGACAUCGUUCUCAUACGUAAUUGCAAGGUAGCUAUAAUCAACCUCUUGUCAAACGUUUUUAACCGUGUGCAGGUCUCUAACUUUCGUGAUGUACCAACGAUCGGCGGCAUUAAGAGAGUGACAAGCACAGUUGUUUACCAGGCAGCCUCGAUCCCAGAACCUGCAUUCAAGCAAUCCUUUCUUGGUGAAAAAGAUAUUCCAUGCCUGCCCCAAGAUCCAUCUCCGAGACCUUCAAAGGCUGAGCAGAUGUACGCAAUCGAUCUCAAGCAAUUGACUCCGUCCGUGAUAAACGUUGCUGGUGCUUCUGACGCCACUGCGAUCCCUACUGGACCCGCUGCUGGUCCUUCUCAUCCCAUAUCGGUCCCCAAUCGACCCGCCACUGGUAGAACUAGCGGCCCACUACAGACAAAUUCCAAGUUUCGCCUGAUCCAAGCCGUCAGCUACAACGACUAUUGCGACCUUGCCGUGGAAGUAAUAAAGAAGUUCCCAAACCCAAGCGGCAAUAUGGAGCUAUAUGUCACUGACUACACACCCAAUGAUUCGUUGUACGACUAUCCUGCUCCAGAUGAUGCAGAUGCGGAGGAUGAACUUGAAAGGGACGGCGAUUACUAUGGUUACAUUUCAAACGUGACUGGAAAGCGCAAAAUCUGGCCUGGACCUUCUGGCCGUCAUACUAUGCAAGUUGAACUUCUUCCCCCUCAUGCAGGAUUUGCUCGUGACAACGAAGGCGAAAGAAAACUGACCAAGAAACAGAGGAAGAGGGCCAAGAAAUUGGGACUCAACACGGAUGAGACGACUUCAACAUCGCCUGCUGUUGUAUGCAAUACGCACGGUACCUGCGUGAACUAUGACGGUGUCAGACUCAGUACCCUUGGAGACAUUCGGUCCAGGGAUCAUUCUUACACCGGUAAAUCUGGAGUGGCGCAAGAGUUAUCCUAUCUCAACGUCAAGAACAAGGUUAGGGUCAGAGUAGCCGAUUUCUGGCCGCCGAGACUGGAAGAUUUCGCCUCGCUUGUGUCGACUACCGACGCUUCGGCAGAGGAUUCAGAGAAUGACACAAACACGAUCAGUCCGUUUCCCAGCCAAAAAUGGGAAUGGAACUUCUUUUUACUUCUGGAAGACCUUAAGUCCUACCGACCAGGCUGUCCGCCAAAACAGCUGUGGGUACAUGUGGAUCAUAGAUACGCAGAGUUUCUCCUCUGCAUGGACGAAGAUGCUACUGAUUUACGACGCAACUCGCAAACACUAGCCAAGCUACGCGAGCAGAUGGCAAUCCUUUGGGGAAAUUUGGAAGAACUCAAAGCCGCUGCUUUGGCGAAGCAGCAGCCAUUUCCACCACACGAUCCUGCUCCAACGGAAAUCGUGGGCCUGUCGAACUUGCCAUUUUACUGUUGUAUCGCAGAAUAUGGCCAAAAAUUGGAUGAAGAUGACUUUGGAUCGGAAGAAUCCUCAGGUUACACAAGACUUUACGACAUGUCUGGCGCUCGAAUAUUCGAGGAG